GUGAAAGGGCCCCCAGUACUUGUAAUAGGGAGGUGGUUUUUUUUUAAUUAAUUAAUUAAUUAUAUUUAGUUUUGGCUGCGUUGGGUCUUCGUUGCUGUGUGGGCUUUCUCUAGUUGCAGUGAGUGGGGGCUACUCUUCAUUGCAGUGUGCAGGCUUCUCAUUGCGGUGGCUUCUCUUGUUGCGGAGCACGGGCUCUAGGCGCGUUGGCUUCAGUAGUUGUGGCACGCAGGCUCAGUAGUUGUGGCUCAUGGGCUCUGGAGCGCAGGCUCAGUAAUUGUGGCUCACGGGCUUAGUUGCUCCAUGGCAUGUGGGAUCUUCCCGGACCAGGGCUCGAACCCGUGUCCCCUGCAUUGGCAGGCGGAUUCUUAACCACUACGCCGCCAGGGAAAUCCCUGGGAUUUUAUUAAAACCUAGAGAAGAGACAGUUUCAUAAGGAUGGAGGCAAUAAUGAGUGGUAUGCUUUGGAAGUUCAAGAGCAUGAACAAGGGAAAAAGUCCUGUGGAUUUUGCCAUUGACGACCAUUAGGGACCUUUGCAUUUCAGCAUCUGCCUGAGUAUAGUUCCCAUCACAAGUAAGAUAAAAGCCAAACCCUUUACCAUAGCUCACUCAGGGCUCCACAAGAUCUGGUCUUAACCAGACUCUCCUUGUUCCUCACCAGCUGCAUGAGCUUCAUGUUCCUCAGACGCUCCCAGCUUGUGGCUUCCUCCUUUGCCUCUGUUCUUCCUUCUGUCCAUAGCCAUCUUCACCUCAUUCCUUCAUCUUGAAGCUCACAGCCCCCCUCCAGCACCCUGCUCCGAUUUAUCCUCCACAGAAAGACUUCCCUUGUGUGAAAAAGUCAGUACCAUACCCCUUUGUUAUUCUUUACCCCUUUACCAUGAUUUAUUUUUCUUCAGAGCUGUACUGAUUUCCUAGGGCUGCCAUAACAUAUUUCCACAAAUUGGGUGGCUUAAAACAACAGAAAUUUAUUCUCUCACAGUUUUAGAGGCCAGAAGUCUGAAAUCAAGGUAUUAGCAGAGUUUGUUCCUUCAGGAGGCUCUGAGGAAGAAUCUGUUCAGUGCCUCUCUUCCAGCUUCUGUGGUUCCUGGCACUCCUUGGUGUUCCUGGGUUGCUGCUACAGCACUCAGGUCUGUGCCUGCAUCUUCACAUGAUGUUUCCCCUGUGUGUGUCUCUCUCUGUCCAGAUUUCCCCCUUAUGAAGGCACCAGUCAUUAGGAGGGGGCUCACCCUUAUCUCAUAUGACCUCAUCUUAAUUCGAUUUCAUCUUCAAAGAGUUUAUUUCCAAAUAAGGAAGGUGACAUUCACAGGUCCCCGGGGGGUUAGGACUUCAACACAUUUGGGGGUGGGGGGACAUAAUUCAACACUAUAGGAGCACAUAAUAUUAUGCUACAUACUUAUGCUUGUUUGCGUUCUUUCAUCCACUGGGAUAUAAGCCCUGAAGGCAGGGACUUGGUUUUGUUCAGUGCUCUCUGAGUCCUACCACAGUGCCUGGAAUGCUCAAUAUUAGUUGGAUGAAAUUGGCCCACAUGAAGUAGAGGAUGAUUUGGAUAAUGAGAAAAUGGGAAAAGCUGGUUAAAAAGACUCUUCAUUCAAGAAGUUUAGCAGGAUGAAAAAGGACCACAGUAAUGGUUAAAUCAACUUUAAGGAUUUCAAACAGUGAAGCUUAGGCCACACUUGUGAGCCACUUUUUCCAUGAGAUGGUUACCCGAGUCCAGGGAUUACCUUUCAGCUCUGCAAGAGAAGAAAAUUAAUUUAGCAGCUUCCCCAGGUACAGGAGAACUGACUCAUGAUAACCAAACUAAAAAGAAAUGGAUUUGUAGGCCAGAAUGCCAUGUAACUAUUAAGAGUGUCUCAAUAGUUAGGAUUGAUUUUUCUGCCAAGGGCAGUACAUUCACUAAUGGUAAUCAGUUUAUACACCCGAAGGUUUCUUGAUAAAUAUGAAAGUUUAGAGUCAGCAGAGUUGAUAUUUCUCAAGGGAUAUUCCAUCAAGCAACGGCAGCUGAUAUACUCUCUUUUGUAGGGUGGGUUUUCCUUAGAGUGAGGGUGUGAGCUCUUCUGCUCAGCAAUUUUUGUACUUGGGAGACCUGCUUUCUAUAGGCUCAGCAUAUGUUUUAGUGUCUCCACAAUUGAAGCAAGGCCAUUUGGAUAUUUUCCCUCUCUUAGUGUGGACAAACGGAAUGAGCUUGGUAAUUAAAUUCUGAUGGCUGGGAAUAAAGGAAGAGGACGUGCUGCUUACACCUUUAAUAUUGAGGCAGUUGGAUUUAGCAGAGGUGAAAAGUUACCUGAUGUAGUAUUGAAGCCACCCCCACUAUUUCCUGAUACAGAUUAUAAACCAGUGCCACUGAAAACAGGAGAGGGUGAAGAUUAUGUGCUGGCCCUGAAACAGGAGUUGAGAGAAACAGUGAAAAGAAUGCCUUAUUUUGUAGAAACACCUGAAGAAAAACAAGAUAUUGAAAGAUAUAGUAAAAGAUAUAUGAAGGUGUACAAAGAAGAGUGGAUACCAGAUUGGAGAAGACUCCCUAGAGAGUUGAUGCCAAGAAAAAAAUGCAAAAAAGCAGGCCCCAAAUCCAAAAAGGCAAAAGAUACAGGCAAAGGCACUUCACUCACUAAUACUGCAGAUGUAUUGAAGAAAAUUGAGGAAUUGGAAAAGAGAGGUGAUGGUGAAAAAUCAGAUGAAGAAAAUGAAGAGAAAGAAGGAAGCAAAGAGAAAAGUAAAGAAGGUGAUGAGGAGGAGGAUGACAAUGCUGCAGAACAAGAGGAAUAUGACGAAGAAGAGCAAGAAGAGAACCCUACAAAGAGAAAAACUCAAAAGAAUUUAGAUUUUCUGAAAAGUGAGACAAUUCCAGUGUAAUUUUCUGAUAUGACCUGACUUACAAUACAAGCUACAGACAAAGCAAGGAAGCUUUCUGCAGAAUACUCUUUUUUUCUUUCCUUUCUUUAAACCAUUUUCUUGAGAUAUAAUUCAUGUACCAUACAAUUCAUCCAUUUAAAAUGUACAAUUCAAUGGUUUUGAUAUAUAACGUUAUUAAUGUUGAAAGGUAAUAGUAAAAUAAAUAUAGCAUAAAGUUUGCCAUUUUAAUCAUUUUGAAGCAUCAGUUCAGUGGCAUUAAUUACAUUCACGAUGUUAUAUAUCAUCAUGAUCCACUUCAAAAACUUUUUCAUUACCUUAGCCAGAAACUGCAAAGAGUACUCAUAUGCAUUUCAGUAUGAGUUGAAAUUCCUGUGGCUGUAUGAAAUUGUUUAAGUUAAGAAAGCUGACUGGAUAUUUGGAACGUAAAGCCCUCCAAACUUAAGUCUAAGGCUGCUGGCAACGAUGUCUGUUUUAAGUAGACAAGCACCCACGCAUACAUAUACUUUGCAAGGCCCUGUGUGAUCUCCAAACAUAGCAUCAGUCAAACCUCUCUUCCCACUGGGCUUGACUUUCCCACCCAUGUGGGGAAUAGACAGCGGGAGCUUUGUUUGCAGUGGCUUUGUUUCCUUGCAGCCAUUGGUAAAAUAAACAUUACCUCAGUUUGAAGAAGUUCUUGGUAGAACUUGGGAGUCCUGGGAUAGCAGAUCCUAUGGCCCAACCCCGAUGACGUCAUAAUUUUAUCUGGUGUAGACUCGCCCCACUGAAGAUAAUUGCAUCACAGCGUCCUGUGUGGAUCCUCGUAGGACUGGCUUAGGUCAGAAGAUGUUAAAUGGGAGACUCCUUGGGUCUGGGAAGAUGUAUAAAGGAGGAAUACUGAAGAGAACCUUGCCCUCUCUCACAUUAGCCUGCCCUAUAUGUCAAUGAAGCUUCAAAGACAUUUCAGGGUCUCACCGGGCAGAUCCAUACAUGUGAAAAUUUCUCAUUUCAUUGUUGGACAGUAUUGAUGAGCUCUACACUGAAUUUAGCCCCGUGAUAACUGAAAAUACACACAGGGAGUAUUUAGAUUGAGAAAUCAGACUCAUUUUGUGACCCUAUCCACUUGAAACUUAUGUGAUUAUAAAAAAAAUGUGAAGAAAUCUCAGUAUUUGAAAAUAGAAAAGAUGAGUUUUACAAUUUUGUAUUUGUUGAAGGGGGAAAGUGGACCUUAAUAAACAGAAAGAUUUAGUAGUUAACAUGCUUGUCCUGGUUCUUAUUAAUUAUGCCUCUAGAUGGGAUAUAUAAAAAUGGAAUUUAAGGAAUCAUAUAUUAAAGAUUUAAAGGUUUUCUAUCAAAAGAAAAUCUCUCCUCCCUGCCCUCCUCCCCCAUAUCGCCCAGGAAAUUAGAUAUUUGAAUUCAGCAUUUGACAAGCUUACCACAGUCCACAGAAUGUUUUUAGAAACUUUAAAUUCUUUUUCACUGUAUUAUCAGGCAAGUAAAUGUAAGCUUAUUACAAGAUAAUUAUGCAAAGAGUGGAAACCUUAUAGUCUAUCCUCAUAAAUAAAGUGUCGACAGAAAUCAUAAUCUUGACCCAAAUAGAACUUGAUAUUAGGAACGAAGGAUUUGUUUGCCUUGCUUGCUCCCAAACCUCAAGUAAUAAAUCUCAAAAGCUUCAAUAUUGAUUCAACAAAAUGAAUGGCUGAGUCACACAGAACGACUCUGACAAGUGGACAAAUGCUGCCAUGGCGACAUUUUGAUAUGCAGUGUGGUUACUGAGCUUUGCUGGUUUCUUCCCCUGCCAUUAAAGCAAAAUGACAAACCACGGGAAGUACCACACACAGCGUGCCUAAACCAGAGGCAACUAGGAAAAAAGAUUUAAUUAGCUGUUCUUAAAGGAUUAAAAAUUCCAUACACAUUUGUAUCUAAUUUAUGGGCAAAUUCCUUUUAAAAUAUGAGAAAAACUGUUCUGAGACAUGCUUCUUGUUAAGAAAUAGAAAUUAUUAUUAAUGUAAAAAAAGUCUCAGAUAGCAUUUUCUGUAAAUGUUUUGUAAACAGAUUUCUUGAGGAAAAAACACUUUUAACUUGGCAAGAUAAAGUUUUAAAAUAUUUUCUACAGCACAUAAAAUUGUACUUAAUUCAUUCUUUGCCAAAUAAUGGAAUAGAUAUUGCAUAUGGCCAUAAUAAAAAACGGUAUAUAUGGCCAAAUACUACUACUGUGUAUAUUUAGAUUUAUAAGGAGGUGAGACUAUUUGUUAGAAAGUGAUAUGUAUGCUCAGCUAUUACUUGAUCUUAAUGUUCAUUUGAUGGAGCUAUUUAGCAAUUACAUAUAUAUUCUAUUCUUUAUUGGUAUAAAAUAUACACAGAUAUAUUAAAGACAGAUGCCAUCAUAUCAUAGCAAUGAAAAGAAAUUGUUUAAAAAUUUUAAUGGGAAAAUGCUUUUAAAUAUAUAAUUAUAAAUUUGCAAAAUUAUUUAUGUAUAAUUACCAUAGUGCUUUCAAUAUUGGAUUGGUUAACUCACAAGAGAAACUUUGUCAACUACAUCUAAAAUAGAGCUAGAGUAGGAAAUCAUUGUUUUUAUUUCAUUGCUUUUCUGUCAGUUAUUGAAAUCUCACUAUGUACCAGACUUCACUCUCUCUUUCAAUCCACACACAAGUCUGUACAGUAGGUAUUAUAAAAAAACCUCCAUUUUGCAGAUAAGGAAAGUAAAAGUGUGAAAGACUAAUAAAUUUAUGUUUGCUUGACCUAGUUAUGUUACAUUACCCCUUGGCAUCAUCUGGACCUAACUAUGAGAAAUGCUUUUAUUUUUGUUCUUCAAUGCCUUUAUUUUUAUUUUUUUUUAAAUAAAUUUAUUUGUUUAUUUUUGGCUGCAUUCGGUCUUCAUUGCCGUGCGCGGGCUUUCUCUAGUUGUGGCGAGUAGAGGGCUACUCUUCAUUGCGGUGCACAGGCUUCUCAUUGCGGUGGCUUCUCUUGUUACAGAGCACAGGCUCUAGGCACACGGGCUUCAGUAGUGGUGGCUCCCGGGCUCUAGAGCACAGGCUCAGUAGUUGUGGCACACAGGCUUAGUUGCUCCGCGGCAUGUGGGAUCUUCCUGGAUCAGGGCUC